CCAUGGCGACGCACACCAUGGUAGCUGCAGCAGCCCUUGCUCUCUGUCUCUUUGCAGCUGCAGCCGCAGAUAAACACGCCGGUGCUCAGCCGCCGGCGCUGGCGCCAGCAGCAGCAGCACACGACAUCUCCUCCUGCCUCCUCUCCAAUGGCGUCAGCAACUUCUCCCUCCCGUCGUCCCCAAGCUACACGCCGCUCCUCGACUCCUCCAUCCGGAACCUCCGCUUCGAGCUCCCGGGCGUCGGCAAGCCGGCCGCCGUCAUCCUCCCGGCGUCCAAGCGCGACCUGCAGAGCGCCGUCGUCUGCGCGCGAGCCGCCUCGCUGGCGAUCCGCGUCCGCAGCGGCGGGCACAGCUACGAGGGCCUCUCCUACACCACGGAGAACCACGUCCCCUUCGUCGUCAUCGACCUCGCCGGCCUGAACCGCGUCCGCGUCGACCGGCGCUCCGCCACGGCGUGGGCCGAGUCCGGCGCGACGCUCGGCGAGGUCUACCACGCCGUGGGGCUGUCCGGCGGCCGGAACCUGGCGUUCUCCGCCGGGUCCUGCUCGACGGUCGGCAUGGGCGGGCACACCGCCGGCGGCGGCUUCGGCCUGCUGUCGAGGAAGUACGCGCUCGCCGCCGACAACGUCAUCGACGCCGUCCUGAUCGAUCCGAGCGGCCGUGCCCUCACCCGCGCCACCAUGGACGACGACGUGUUCUGGGCGAUCCGAGGCGGCGGCGGCGGGAGCUUCGGCGUGGUGUAUGCCUGGAAGCUCCGGCUCGUCCCGGUCCCGGACAACAUCACCGUGUUCAGCAUCGGCCGGACCGGUCCGGUCGAGCUCAUCGCCGGCUUGAUGCACAGGUGGCAGUACGUCGGUCCAAGUCUCCCUGACGAGUUCUACCUCUCGACGUACAUUCCGACGAGAUCAUCGAACGGUAAUCUCUCAAUGUCAUUCACUGGCCAAGUUCUUGGUACAAAGCGUCACGCCAUGGCAGUGCUGAGCCAGACCUUCCCCGAGCUGGGCCUGGCCGAGUCGGAGCUGUCUGAGGUGAGCUGGCUCGAGUCGGCGGUGAAGUUCGCCGGGCUCAGCUCAGUCGCCGACCUCACAAACCGUCAACCUGGGGUGAGACAGUACUCGAAGAGCAAGUCUGACUACGUGCGAGCACCAAUCUCAAAGCAAGACGCGAUCAAGAUCCUCCGGUACAUGUCGGCUGGGCCAGAGGGGUCCAUCCAACUGGACCCCUAUGGUGGGGCCAUGGCGCGGAUAGGGAGCACGGUGACGCCUUUCCCUCACCGUGCUGGGUACUUGUACAGCAUCCAGUACGGUGUCUCUUGGAAGGCGUCGGAAAUCGACCGUGCAGAUGAGUACAUCGGAUGGCUCCGGUCGUUCUACACGUUCAUGGCGCCCUAUGUGUCGAAAAAUCCACGAGCCGCGUAUGUCAACUACUUGGAUCUCGAUUUGGGCACCAAUGGCUGGAAGAAUGCAACUGGUGGAACGUCCGUGGCCCAUGCAGCAUCAUGGGGCGAACGUUAUUUCUUCACCAACUUUGAUCGGCUGGUUCGGGCCAAGUCUAAGGUUGAUCCUGAAAAUGUGUUCAACAAUGCACAAAGCAUUCCUCCAUUACAUUAUGAUAGAGAGCACUAAUUUAUAAGUGGCAUGUAACUACAAACAAUAAAUGAAUGGAUAAUCUGGUGU